AUGGUGUAUGGUGCAGUUUUUAUAAUGGUUUUGGCUGUGACAUUUGCCAUCAAUAAUCAACAAGAUCUGAAGUAUGAAACCCUUCAAACUGAACUGUCGGCUUUGAAGAAUUACGUGCAGAGAAUGAAUAUCGACGUGGAGAAUAUUCGACAAAAGUAUGACGACCUGAGUGAGGAACUAUCGAAUUUAAGAAGUAAACAAAUUAUCGCUGAUACGUCACGGAAGGUAGACCAAGCAGACAGCUAUCCGCAAAAGGUUCACAGGAAGAACACUCUUCUGAAUAAGAGGUCCGCAGCAGCGACUACUUCAAAGGGAGAGAAAGGAGAACCAGGUUCUGUAGGUCCUAAAGGAGACAGUGGGACAUCGGGUUUUCCGGGUCUAAAAGGUGACAACGGACCAAAAGGCGACAAAGGAAAAGUUGGAAUUACAGGACCAAAAGGUGACAUGGGAUUGCCAGGAUUAGAGGGACAAAAAGGUAGCAUUGGAGCGAAGGGAGAUAAAGGGGAUGCAGGAAAACCUGGAACAACAGGACAAAAAGGGGAUACAGGAACAAGAGGUGUCCCUGGUAUUAAUGGACCUAUUGGACCGAAAGGAGACAUCGGGGAAGCUGGACAAAAAGGCCAUAGAGGAACACCUGGCAGAAAGGGAUCGACAGGACAUCCUGGGACAAAGGGAGAAAAGGGGGCCAUUGGGGAUCCUGGGAUAUCACCCAAUCGAGAAAACAAGGUCUCAUUUGCUGCGGAAAGCAAACUGACUCCAAGGGGCAAGAGGCACAGCUCUCAUUUGACAUUUAAUUCACUAUACUGGAAUGAUGGCAAUAACUUCGAUCCAUUUAAUGGAAAAUUUACCUGUCAAGUUCCUGGAGUUUAUCUGUUUACAAUGAGUAUUACUCUCCUUGAAGGACCUGCAAUCGCAUUUAACAUUUUUCGUAACGAUCAGUUGCUAGUCAACCCGAAGGAUAAAACACCCGAAGAAAACGUCGCAGAAUGUGUAUACAAAAUCGGAUGCAAGAAAUGCGGCCCAUCAUAUAUCGGAGAAGCAGGCAGGAGAUUCGGGGUCCGACUCAAUCGACACCAAAAAGAAGCGGAAUCCCAAGAAGCGAAUACAACUUUAUUUCAAUUUUCAAAUGGAUCAAAAGAAGUCUGCAAAGGUGAAAAGGGCGUACCUGGGUUGUCCGGACCCAAAGGAAGCAUUGGGGCAACAGGAGCAAUGGGGCCGAAAGGGGAUUCCGGAGUACCAGGGCCUAUAGGACAGAAAGGGCAUAUAGGGAUACCAGGAACAACGGGACAGAAAGGAGAUUCUGGGCACUCUGGGGUGAGUGGGCCCAAAGGAAAGACUGGACCACGAGGUCCCGUUGGGUUAAAAGGAGAACCUGGAACAAUAGGAAAGCCUGGACCACAAGGCCCCAACGGUAUGAAAGGAAGCAGUGGCUUGAAUGGUAUACCCGGAUCUAAAGGAGAGACUGGUCACCUUGGACUGCCAGGCCAGAAAGGAGAGCCGGGUAACAGUAUUCCAAGUAAGGGGGUCAAAUAA